UAGUACGUAUAGUACUAUUUAAUUGGGGGCUAUGUAACUCCCACGUUUGAUUUUCUCUUAGCUUAACACACCUUAUUUAUAUAAAAACCGUUUCAUUCUUCAAAACAUCUCAAAGGGUCUCCGAGAAACUAAUCAAAAUCAUAAAUUUCUUGGUGGACCUUAUUAGGGUAAAUAUUCAUCACCAAAAAUAGAAAAAAAAAAAGAAGAAAAGUACAACAAAAAAAAAUAAGAACAUAUUAUUUUUACAUGUGCUUAGUAACAACGGUGGCGCAUCAAAGGGGGUCAGGUGAGUUCAUCCGGUUCACGGCGCAGCGUGGCGGUGACGGCGGAGAUGAGGAACACGGCGGCGGCGGUGGUGGAAGAAGAAGCAGAUCAUAUGAACAAGAAGUAGGUACGAAGAAAGAAGAUGAGGUGGAAAGAAUAACAAUGCAAGGUUCAAUGGAAUUGAGUGAGAUCAUGCUUUCGGCUCUGACAAAUAAUGUUGUGUCAUCGGGUUCUUCUUCUUCUCAAUCUCAUCAAAGCGGCACCGACUGGUUUGCUGCUGCUUCUCAGCAUCAUCCUAUGAUGACGUCAGAUUUUGGACACGUGUCGUCUUUGUCUUCUUUUACUUCUUCAUCAUCAUCUUCUGCUUCUGCUUCCUCUUCAUGGGUUGGCCAAAAGAGAGGGCGUGAAGAACAACACCACAUGAUUGGUGCUUCUUCAUCAUCUUCUUCUUCCUCUUCUCAAUCUUAUCAAUAUCAACAUCAACAUCAACAUCAUCAUAAUUUGGUUCAGCAUCCUGUUCCUAGAUUCUUUGGAACCAAUCUUGGUGACUUCAAGGUGCUACCUUCUCAUCAACCAGAAUCAUCUUCAGCAGUGACAGAAGAAGCUUCUUCCAUCACCACGGCGGCCACGGCAGCCACCGUAACCACCAUGACACCGGCAACGCCGUCGAGCGAAGCGGCAUCCUAUGAAGAAACAGGGGAGAGAAGGAGAAGGUACAGAGGAGUUAGGCAAAGGCCAUGGGGAAAAUGGGCAGCGGAGAUUCGAGAUCCACACAAGGCGGCAAGAGUGUGGCUCGGAACAUUCGACACGGCGGAAGCCGCCGCAAGAGCUUACGACGAAGCCGCAUUGAGAUUCAGAGGAAACAGAGCAAAACUCAAUUUUCCAGAGAAUGUAAGAGCAGUGCCACGCCCAAUUCAACCACCUUUCUCUGCCUCCGCCGCCACAACCACCGCCACCACACAUUUCCGCCACCCUCCGCCGCAGAUGUACCAUCCAGAACCACCACCACCACCACCAUUGGUUCAUCAGCAGCAGCCACAGUUUCAGGGAAACAAUGAGAUCAGAGACUAUUUGGAAUAUUCUCUGCUUCUUCAGAGUUCUGGUGAUUUUCAACAACAUCAACAACAACAAAUUAAUCAACCACCUUCGAAUUUGUUACAACAGUUGUACUAUAAUUCACAAUUGGCGGCGCUUCAAUCUUCUUCAUCAUCAUCUUCUUCUUCUUCAGUUGUGCCACCAGCUUCGGUGUUUUCAGCUUCUGCUCAACCUUCCUCUGCUUCACUUCCCCUGUUUCCUAGUCAGCAAAUGGUGUUUUUCCGGCCACCGGGAAACCAACCUCACGGCGGCGGAGACGGUUCCGGCGGGUUAAACUUUCUCCCUUCAACUUGGUCAGAUACCAGUGGCUAUCCACCACCACCUGGUUGAAAA